GCUUUUGUUCUAUGUGACCAUGAAGUGAUCACACUUCUCGUCAACACCUCUCACUUCACCAAGUUACAGGAUGGAGGAAACCUGUCUGCUGCAGCUGCUCUGUCUGACCUCACUGCUGAGCUGCACAACAAACCAAGCUCAUCUGACUGUGAGUCCCAGCAGCUCUCAGCUGUUUGAAGAUGAGUUUAUCUCUCUGAGCUGUGAGGACGACAGCUCUGCUGGAUGGACUCUGAGGAGGAACACAACCAGACGGAAGAUGUCUCAGUGCGGAGCUGGAUGGGGAAGAUCAGCUGGUUCGUCCUGUAUCAUCAGUGUGACAGUCCCAUGGGACAGUGGAGUUUACUGGUGUGAGUCCAGAGAGGGAGCAACCAGUAAGAGCAUCAACAUCAGUGUCACUGGUGGAUCAGUGAUCCUGCAGAGUCCUGUCCUCCCUGUGAUGGAGGGACAUGAUAGACCAGAUGUGAUCGCAGAGUCCUCCUGUGUUCAGUCUGCUUCAGUGUUUGAGCUCCACCUGCUGGUGUUCAUCACCACCUACACUGAUGUUUCCUCCAUCAUUCACCUUCACUUCCUCAACAUCAGUGAGCUCAGCUGUCCACUCUACAGAGUCACAGGUCUCGGGUCAUCUGUCACACUGUGUCUGCUCACGCCCUCCUGUGAAGCUUUGGCGACCCCUAGUGGUGGUCUGGACCCCCAGGUCGGGAACCCGUGUCCCAGAUGA